CCCAUGACAGGAAGGACCUGCCUCCAGGCUGAAAACAGCCUGUCUGAUGUUUCUGCAGAAUAUGGUUACGCUUCCCCAGGAUCACAAGCAAGAAAAAUACAACGACUCACCAUGGUCCCCAUGCUCAGAAUGCUGUUGUGUCUUGGACUGAGUGUGGGACAGAAGACUGCAGUCCUGGCAGGAACCCUCACAAAGCCCAAAAUCUGGGCUGAGCCACACUCUGUGAUCGCCAUGUUUGCACCUGUUACUAUUUGGUGUCAGGGGUCCUGGGAGGCCAAAGAGUACCAUUUGCUUAAAGAGGGAAGCACGGAUCCUUGGGACAGACAAUACCCUCUGGAAAGCUUGGACAAGGCUAAGUUCUACAUCCAACACAUGACAGUGGACUUUGCAGGGAUAUAUAAGUGUUACUAUAAGAGCCCUGCUGGCUGGUCAGAGCACAGUGACACCCUGGAACUGGUGAUAACAGGUGAGUGAAGAGUCAGGGUUCCCAGCACAGGCUCUCCCCUCAGAAGGAGUUCAACUCUCCAGGGUACUUUUCUCAGAGCCCAAGCCCGCAGUACAAUGUGGGUAGCUUAAAUUCGUUUCACUUCCCCUUGUAUCCUAGGAGUCUAUCCUAAACCAAGCCU